UAGAACUCGGCACUACAAUAUCAAUUGUCAACACGUGCACAAUUUUAACGUACAAGGAUGAAACAUACAAGCUUUACGUUGAAUAUAUCAACCUGUGUAUUGUGAUGAAAGAGAAACCGGAGAGAAAACUCUGAUUACAUUUUCACUGAUUCAUGGGUUCCUUCUGGUAGCAGACCCUGGGACGUGUUCAUCGUUCGAGUUGUUGGUGUAGAUCCAAUUGGAAGUUGCGAGGUCCCCUCCCGUGUUGCGGAAGACACAGCCAAUGUUGCAAGACAGUAGCGACUGUGGAGGUGAGAUUAGAGUGAUCAUCAGAUCAUGUCAGUAGAUCCGAGCUGGUAUCGCGAGGAUCCCCAUGUUUGGUGCCAACGCCCGAGGUGUAUUUUGUCAAAGGGAAAUCUUUCCCACCGGCUGACCGGCUCGCUCUUGCGCCGGUCCAUUGCUGCCUGUUCGAUUAGAGUUGAAUCGUACGUCUCGCACGCCUCACGCUGUGUCAUCAACCUCCCGAGCGCAUGACACACAUCUUUUUCACGGGCCCACACGUGAAAGAACGACGGCCUUAUCCUUUCAUCAUCUCUCCCAACCGCUCAUCUCUCUCUCUCUCGGAUCCACAUGCUCCUCCGGCGAUGAGGUCCUAGCCGCUGCACCGCAUCCUCUUCCUCCCGCGGCAGAACAUACGGAGCUGCAGCUCCCACCGCUGCAAGGGGGCGGGGCCGGGAAGGAGCGGAGUUGGCGCUGUGAAGGUGCUGCUGCGGGCCGUCAAGCCAUGGUCGCCGCCUCCUCCUCCUUCCCUCGUGCUCGUGGCGCCAGAGCAGGGAGCCCUCAGCCAUCGCUGCAAAGACGCGGGGUGCAUGCUGUUGUGGCAGGAGUUGCAACCGGUGAUGAAAAUUGCUGCUACCGGCUAUGCGGAGAUGGCCGGCGGCAACUACUGGUGUUACAACCAGCAGCUGAUGGGGAGGGAGACGGCGACCUUUUGGUGAUGCAACCGCAUAACGACAUGGAUGAUAAAGGCAACGAUGGCAAAAACUUGGGUGAUACAGGCAAGGAUGACAAGGACAUGGGUCAUAGAGGCAACGAAGGCAAAGGCAUGGAUGAUAAGGACAAUGAUUUCGUAGCCAUGGACCCCAAAGGAAUGGAUGGUAUGUGCAUGGAUGAUAAGGAUAAUGAGGAUGCAGGCAAGGAUGGCAUAGACAUGGAUGAUGUACACAUGCAAGGUAAAGGAAUUGAUAAUAAAGGCAUGGCUGGUCAGACCUGAAUGAGUGUAUGGAAUACUUAGAGAUUGUGAAGAAGACUUUCAGUACUGAGGAAGAAGCCUAGAUGUUCUAGUAGGCUAUGCGAGAAAAAUUGGGUUUGGUGUUAGAAAGGAUGAUCUGAAGUACAGGGGUCCGGGUCCGAAACAAAAUGCAUACAGAAGGACAUACAAGUGCUGCAAACAAGGAUGGCGGGCCCUUAAGCACUUUAACAGAGCUGAAAGAAAAAGAACACCGAGGGGUCUUUCUCGGUGUGGGUGUCCCGCUCUUUUUCAGGUUGAGCUACAAGAUAGCAGUGGCCUCUGGUUCGUCAAGAAUUUUGUGGACAAGCAUAACCAUCUGUUUGUCCCUGCUGACCUGACUCCCUACUUAUCGGCUCAUCGUAGAAUGACUGACGCACAAAAGGCCGAUGUCAUCGAGUAUGCUGUCGGUGGACUUCGAACACAUCAGAUUAUGAAUGUAAUGGAGAAGAAUGCCGGAGGUCCCGACAAGCUUGGAUUUAUAGAUCGAGAUCUAUACAACCAUGUUUCAAUUCAGAAGAAGCGCAAGAUAGAAGGCAGUGAUGCUAGAUAUUUGCUCACCUAUAUGAUUGCACAGAAAAAAGCAGACCCGGAAUUCUUUUUCAAAAACACAAAAGACAAAGAAGGCCAUUUGAGGAACAUAUUGUGGGCUGAUUCACAAUCCCGGAUUGACUAUGUUGCCUUUGGUGGUGUCGUGGUGUUCGACAGUACAUACCAGUCUAACAAGUACAGACUUCCGUUUGUUCCAUUUGUUGGUCUGAACCAUCACCGCAACACAGUUUUGUUUGGGGUCGGUCUAGUGUCAGAAGAGACAGUUGCAUCAUACCAGUGGCUUCUUCAUGUAUUUUUGGAGGCAAUGUCCCAAAAGGCACCCAUUUCAGCAAUCACCGAUGGGGACGGUUCAAUGGCUAAAGCAAUAGCUACUGUCUGGACUGGAACAGAUCAUCGUUUGUGCACGUGGCAUAUGGAGGAGAAUAUGGUGACGCACCUCCGCAAGAAAAAGCUUGAGGAAUUUAGGGAAUUCAUUUACCGUCGUUGGGAUGUUGAUGAGUUUGAGAAAAGAUGGGAGGCUUAUAAGGUUCGGUUCAAAAUAAAACCAACGGGGAAGAGGUCGUCAUGGGUUAACAGGAUGUACGAGCUGCGACACAAAU